CUCCAGCCUAGAAUAGUAAAUACUAGGACUUGGGGAGGAGAAGGAGAGUGAUGGGGGUAUGAAGACGACCCUGAGGUGGGGAUGCUGCCCGGGGCACCAGCGAUCCCAGAACAGGCACAGCUGACACAUCGGUGACCUUUUCCCUACAUUUGGCUAUUUUUAGCUCUAAUGCCACCAUCCUCACGAGACUCUCUGGGGCCCCCCCAGGCUCCCAGACCUUUGAGCAACCUUCACGGCGCAGAAACCCAGCCCCGCCCUGCAAUUCCCACCGCGGAAGGCGGGUGGUCUGGUUCCCGCCCCACGUUUUUCCGGACCCCAUUUGGGAGUAGGUGUCAGGUUCCUGGUGAGGGCGGGGCGGGGGUGGCUAGGCCUGAAGGACGUGGGGACACGGGCCAGAGUGGCUGGCCCCACGCGCGGACAGGAGCGAACCUGAGCUGUGAGUAGGGGCCGGCGCAGGGCGGCCCGCGGGGGUCUGGGCCCCCAGCCCUGCACAGGGGCGAGGAUGGCGCUGGGGCCCGCGCGGUCGGGCGGGGAAGGGCGGGUGCCUGAACCCUGCCUCUGUCCAGGCCACUCCGCUUCCAGGGGCGCUUCUCUUCCCUGCCCGCGCCCUCGCUGACGCCCCCCACUCCAGGCUGCACUUCACCGUCCUUGGGGCUCCUGCAGCUUUCAAGGCCCAAACCCCCUGCGCCACAGUGGCUGUGCCCACCCGGAAGGCUGGCGCGAGGAUUUGGCGGCGGUUGGCCUGGCGGGGGGCGCGGGCCGGGGGCGGCCGCUAGUCGCGGGGUAGGGGGUGCGAGGGGUCGCGGACUGGCUGGGGGCGUCUCGGCGCAGCUGGCGCGCGGCCUGCCUAAGCGCGCCCGCGCACCCACCUGCCCCCGUCCUAGGUGCCGACCAACCCCCAGGAUGGCGGAAGCGCACCAGGCCGUGGCCUUCCAGUUCACGGUGACCCCAGAGGGGGUCGACUUCCGGCUCAGUCGGGAGGCCCUGAAACACGUCUACCUGUCUGGGAUCAACUCCUGGAAGAAACGCCUGAUCCGCAUCAAGGGCGCCUGUUUCUGCCCGCAGAAUGGCAUCCUAAGGGGUGUGUACCCUGGCAGCCCCACCAGCUGGCUGGUCGUCGUCAUGGCAACAGUGGGUUCCUCCUUCUGCAACGUGGACGUCUCCUUGGGGCUGGUCGGUUGCAUCCAGAGAUGCCUCCCUCAGGGGUGUGGCCCCUACCAGACCCCGCAGACCCGGGCACUUCUCAGCAUGGCCAUCUUCUCCACGGGCGUCUGGGUGACGGGCAUCUUCUUCUUCCGCCAAACCCUGAAGCUGCUUCUCUCCUACCAUGGGUGGAUGUUUGAGAUGCAUGGCAAGACCAGCAACUUGACCAGGAUCUGGGCUAUGUGUGUCCGCCUUCUAUCCAGCCGGCACCCCAUGCUCUACAGCUUCCAGACAUCUCUGCCCAAGCUUCCUGUGCCCAGGGUGUCAGCCACAAUUCAGCGGUACCUAGAGUCUGUGCGCCCCUUGUUGGAUGAUGAGGAAUAUUACCGCAUGGAGAUGCUGGCCAAAGAAUUCCAGAACAAGACUGCCCCCAGGCUGCAGAAAUACCUGGUGCUCAAGUCAUGGUGGGCGAGUAACUAUGUGAGUGACUGGUGGGAAGAGUACAUCUACCUUCGAGGCAGGAGCCCUCUCAUGGUGAACAGCAACUACUAUGUCAUGGACCUUGUGCUCAUCAAGAAUACAGACGUGCAGGCAGCCCGCCUGGGAAACACCAUCCACGCCAUGAUCAUGUAUCGCCGUAAACUGGACCGUGAAGAAAUCAAGCCUGUGAUGGCACUAGGCAUAGUGCCCAUGUGCUCCUAUCAGAUGGAGAGGAUGUUCAACACCACUCGGGUCCCGGGCAAGGAGACAGAUGUGCUGCAGCACCUCUCAGACAGCCGGCACGUGGCUGUCUACCACAAGGGACGCUUCUUCAAGCUGUGGCUCUAUGAGGGCUCCCGUCUGCUCAAGCCUCGGGAUCUGGAGAUGCAGUUCCAGAGGAUCCUGGAUGACCCCUCCCCACCUCAGCCUGGGGAGGAGAAGCUGGCAGCCCUCACUGCAGGAGGAAGGGUGGAGUGGGCGCAGGCACGCCAGGCCUUCUUUAGCUCUGGAAAGAACAAGGCUGCCUUGGAGGCCAUCGAGCGUGCCGCUUUCUUCGUGGCCCUGGAUGAGGAGUCCUACCGCUAUGACCCCGAAGACGAGGCCAGCCUCAGCCUCUAUGGCAAGGCCCUGCUACAUGGCAACUGCUACAACAGGUGGUUUGACAAAUCCUUCACUCUUAUUUCCUUCAAGAAUGGCCAGCUGGGUCUCAAUGCAGAGCAUGCGUGGGCAGAUGCUCCCAUCAUUGGGCACCUCUGGGAGUUUGUCCUGGGCACAGACAGCUUCCACCUGGGCUACACGGAGACUGGGCACUGCCUGGGCAAACCGAACCCUGCGCUCCCACCUCCUACGCGGCUGCAGUGGGACAUUCCAAAACAGUGCCAGGCGGUCAUCGAGAGUUCCUACCAGGUGGCCAAGGCGCUGGCAGACGAUGUGGAGCUGUACUGCUUCCAGUUCCUGCCCUUUGGCAAAGGCCUCAUCAAGAAGUGCCGGACCAGCCCCGAUGCCUUUGUGCAGAUCGCACUGCAGCUGGCGCACUUCCGGGACAGGGGUAAGUUCUGCCUGACCUAUGAGGCCUCAAUGACCAGAAUGUUCCGGGAGGGACGGACUGAGACCGUGCGUUCCUGUACCAGCGAGUCCACAGCCUUUGUGCAGGCUAUGGUGGAGAGGUCCCACGCGAAAGCAGACCUGCGAGAUCUCUUCCAGAAAGCUGCUAAGAAGCACCAGAAUAUGUACCGCCUGGCCAUGACCGGGGCAGGGAUCGACAGGCACCUCUUCUGCCUUUACUUGGUCUCCAAGUACCUGGGAGUCAGCUCUCCUUUCCUCGCUGAGGUGCUCUCGGAACCCUGGCGUCUCUCCACCAGCCAGAUCCCCCAAUCCCAGAUCCGCAUGUUUGACCCAGAGCAGCACCCCAAUCACCUGGGUGCUGGAGGUGGCUUUGGCCCUGUAGCAGAUGAUGGCUAUGGAGUUUCCUACAUGAUCGCGGGCGAGAACACGAUCUUCUUCCACAUCUCCAGCAAGUUCUCAAGCUCAGAGACGAAUGCCCAGCGCUUUGGAAACCACAUCCGCCAAGCCCUGCUGGACCUCGCUGAUCUUUUCCAAGUGCCCAAGACCGACAGCUGAAGCCCUUAGGUACCUGUGUUUUGUUUGGGAACUAGGAGGCCCUCCCCCUCCCCCAGCUCAGACCAGAGGUGGCAAGAGAAGGGCUGAAGCUGGAAGACUGUUCAUGAGGGACUUGUGUGACCUGCUUUGAAAUGUGUGACUCUGCUGAGUGACGCAGGCUCUGAGAUAGCUGUCCAUGCCCACGUGUUUGCUUGGAAUAAAUUCUUGCUUCAGAACCUUCA